UUCCCCUGUGAUCGUGCCAUCAGACACAUCUUGGCUCUCCUCCUUGGACCAAAGGGGAGAGAGGGUUCUGUGCCAUGGACGACUUGGAUGCUUUGCUGGAAGAACUGGAACAAAGCUCUAAGGAGCCCAAAGGGGGCUAUUGCCUUCUGACACACAGCUCCAGUGAGCAGAGACCGGCCGCAGCAGUGCCCGAGACAGGCACUGUCCAGAACGAGAAGCUAGUCAACUCAGGGACCCGUAAGGUACAGCCUGCAUUAAAUACUCGGCUCCAGGAAUCAGAUGGCAAAAAUGUCUACAGUGAGGUUCCAACUCCGCAGCUGUCACUUCCUUCCCCUCCUCCCCCGACGGCCGCUCAACAACUGGAUGAGCUCUUAUCCCAUUUGGGCCAGAUGCAGUCCAAGAUCUCAGCGGUGGGUUCUGCCGCGGAGCCGGAACGUGCCAAGGGGCCGUCCGCAGUGGGGCCAAGUACCGGCAGCACCCUUGAGAGCAUGCUGGGGGACCUGACGCAAGAGCUGCAGGACCUCGGCAUCACUGCUGUGCCUAAGGGCGACUGCGCUUCCUGCCGCAAACCCAUUGCUGGAAAGAUGAUCACUGCUCUGGGGAAGACGUGGCAUCCCGAGCACUUCACCUGCACCCAGUGUGGACAGGAGAUCGGCUCCACCGCUUUCUACGAGCGAGGCGGACUGGCGUACUGCCGGGAGGAUUAUCACCAGCUCUUCUCCCCCCGCUGUGCCUACUGUGCCGCGCCCAUCCUGGAGAAAGUCCUGACGGCCAUGGACAAGACUUGGCACCCGGAGCACUUCUUCUGUGCUCACUGUGGGAAGGUGUUCAGCAAUGAUGGUUUCCAUGAGAAGAACGGGAAGCCAUACUGCCAGAAGGACUUCCUGGCCAUGUUCUCUCCUAAAUGCAGAGCCUGUGAGCGGCCCGUGAUGGAGAACUACCUGUCCGCACUCCAGGGCGUCUGGCACCCCGAGUGCUUUGUGUGUGGGGACUGUUUCAGCAGCUUCACCACCGGCUCCUUCUUUGAGCUAGACGGCCGCCCCUACUGCGAGCUUCACUUCCACGAGCGCCAGGGCUCGGUGUGCCACGGCUGUGGGAAGCCCAUCACUGGGCGCUGCAUCAGCGCCAUGGGGCGCCGGUUCCACCCCGAGCACUUCAUCUGCGCCUUCUGUCUGAGCCAGCUGCAGAAGGGCACCUUCCAGGACCACGGCGACAAAGCCUACUGCCACGCUUGCUACAGCAAGCUCUUCGUGUGACUCCUGCGCUGGCCCGAGCGGAGGGGGCUACGUCCCGAAACUGGCUCUGUGGGACAGCCCCCUCUGGCAUCCUUAGCCAGGGUCUGAGAUACAGGGAGAGGGACCACAGGCCAGCGUCAACAAAGAGCAGCCUCCUUCAACGGGCCCGAACCACUGAUUGUUUAAAUCAAUAGCGCUCCAUUGAUGUCCUUGCUGGUAAAUAUUAGCUGAAGGUCUGGCCCAAUAUGGUUGGGCGGGGGUUUCCCUCCCCAACGACAGCCAUAGCGGUCUCCUUCCCAGGAACCUACCCCUGCCCCUUGAUCAUCCCUUCCUGGACCUUCUGCUCCUUCAGGCUGUGCUCUGCGUCUCUCCCCUCCAAUGCACGACUUCACCUGCUCCUCUGUUCUCACCUUUGCGCUAUACUUCUGGUCUAUGUAAACGGAUGAGGGCGCUGCCCAGAAAUAAACAUCUCGGCAUUCGCUGUG